UUUUUUCCCUCCCAUUAUUCUCCCACCUAAAACUUUUGGCUCUUCCCGCCUUCCUUCAAACUAGCAAUUUUCGGCUCUUCUCGCUUGCUUUGGGGCGAGUUCCUGAAAGUCAUUUACCCUUGAGUUAAUUAAUCGCCUUUCUAGCCCCACCCGGUCAGCUUAUUCGCUAAUUCCUAUUCGCUUGGGCUCAUUUUGUUUCGGCUACUUCCGCCUCCUACCGGCAUCCCUUCACUGACUUCGGCUCUUUCCGGACUGGCGCAAGUCCCCGGGGGUUCUCCCAUCCCGAAGCGCUUCGGCUAUUUCCGGCUCUGCGUGCCCCCUCUAGCCCCGCCCCCACGACCACCCUGGGUUCUUUAGGUGGGUCUGGGAUCCGCUUCACGUCGCCUCAGUGACCUAGGUCCUCCUUCGGCUCUUUCCGACUGUUUUCAGUCUCUAGUGGUUCUCUGCCGUGUUCGGCUCUUUCCGCCUCCUCCCCUCCGCCUCGCCCUUCCGCUUCGGCUCUUUCCGCCUGCCUUCGGGCGGGCUGUCUCUGCCCUUCUCCACGUGACGCUCCCUCGGCCUCUCGGCUACCCCCUCCCUCCACGCCCUUCCUCCAGCUUCAGCCUCGGUGCUCGUCCCGGCCGUGCCGCCAUUUUGUGUGAAUUCCUGACCGCGGCGGGGGCCGGGCAGCUGGGGCAUCUAGGGCGGGCAGACAGUCGGCCCAUCUCCAUAGCCCGUUCCCUCUUCUCCCUGAUUUUUUUUUUUAACCAUUUCCUUGCUCGCUCUCCUCUUUUCCCCUUUCCCUUCGCUUGCUCCGUUGCGCGCGGCCCGCGCUAAUUACACCCAACCACCCACCAGUGUCCGUGUCCCCCGGGUCUCAGGCCUCGGGGGCCCGCGUGUGUGUGCGUGUGUGGCGGAAGGGGGCCUCUCGUCCCGAUGAGGGUCCCGUGCCCGUGAGCGAGUGACCCCAGGGCCAGGCUGCGGAGAAAGCAGGCGGCGGGCGGCCUUGCCGGGGCCUAGGCCUCGCGGCCUACGUGGAAGUCGGCUCAGAGGAACGAUGGAGGCCGUGCCCGGGACCCCCCCGCCGCCGCCAUCAGAGUCGCCACCGCCGCCAUCGCCACUGCCGCCAUCAACGCCUUCGCCUCCUCCGUGUUCCCCCGACGGCCGCGCGGCCACCCCGCACCUCCUCCACCACCGCCUCCCGCUCCCUGACGACAGGGAAGAUGGUGAGCUGGAAGAAGGUGAACUGGAAGACGAUGGAGCUGAGGAGAUCCAGGAUACCCCUGGAGGACAGGAGAGGGGUCGGAAAGAGAAGGGGGAGAAGCACCACAGCGACUCAGACGAGGAAAAGUCUCACCGGAGGCUGAAAAGGAAGCGGAAGAAGGAACGGGAGAAGGAGAAGAGGAGGUCGAAGAAAAGGCGGAAAUCAAAGCACAAACGUCAUGCUUCCUCCAGCGAGGACUUCUCGGACUUCUCAGAUGACUCAGAUUUCAGCCCCAGCGAGAAGGGUCACCGCAAGUACCGGGACUAUAGUCCCCCAUACGCACCAUCCCACCAGCAGUACUCCUCGUCACACAGCACGGCCCUGCCCAAGAAGCCCUACGCCAAGAUGGACGGCAAGGGCUACAGCAUGUAUGAGGACUACGAGAAUGAGCAGUAUGGGGAGUACGAGGGGGAUGAAGAGGACGACAUGGGCAAGGAAGACUAUGACGACUUCACCAAAGAGCUCAACCAGUACCGGCGUGCCAAGGAGGGCAGCAGCCGGGGCAGAGGUAGCCGAGGCCGAGGCAGGGGCUACAGGGGCCGCGGGAGCCGAGGAGGAUCUCGAGGCCGAGGCAUGGGUAGGGGCAGUAGAGGCCGAGGCCGAGGCUGCAUGGGAGAGCAUCCGGAGGACGAAGAGGACUUGUACGACGAGGAGCUAGAGUAUGGAGAAAGUGAGGAGCCCAUGGGAGAUGACGAUUACGAUGACUAUUCCAAGGAGCUGAACCAGUACCGCAGGUCCAAGGACAGCCGAGGUCGAGGGUUAAGUCGAGGCCGAGGCCGGGGUUCCCGAGGAGGCCGAGGGAAGGGGAUGGGCAGGGGCCGAGGUCGAGGUGGCAGAGGCGGAAUGGGCAAGGGCGGGAUGAAUGACGAUGAGGACUUCUACGACGAUGACAUGGGCGACGGUGGUGGCGGAAGCUACCGGCGGAGUGAUCAUGACAAGCCCCACCAGCAGUCUGACAAGAAAGGCAAAGUCAUCUGCAAGUACUUCGUGGAGGGACGAUGCACUUGGGGAGACCACUGUAAUUUUAGCCAUGACAUUGAGCUACCGAAGAAGCGAGAGCUGUGCAAGUUUUACAUUACAGGGUUCUGUGCCCGCGCUGAGAACUGCCCCUACAUGCAUGGUGACUUUCCAUGUAAGUUAUACCACACCACUGGGAACUGCAUCAAUGGUGACGACUGCAUGUUCUCCCAUGACCCGCUGACGGAAGAGACACGAGAGCUCCUAGAUAAGAUGUUGGCUGAUGAUGCAGAAGCAGGUGCUGAGGAUGAGAAGGAGGUAGAAGAGCUAAAGAAGCAGGGCAUCAACCCCUUGCCCAAGCCGCCUCCUGGUGUGGGUCUCCUGCCUACUCCUCCACGGCCCCCUGGGCCCCCAGCCCCCACCUCUCCUAAUGGCAGGCCCAUGCAAGGUGGCCCUCCUCCACCUCCACCACCUCCUCCCCCACCUCCUGGACCUCCUCAAAUGUCCCUGCCAGCACAUGAGCCACUGUCCCCACAGCAGCUACAGCAGGACAUGUACAACAAGAAGAUCCCCUCUUUGUUUGAGAUUGUGGUGCGGCCCACUGGGCAGCUAGCUGAGAAGCUGGGUGUGAGGUUCCCUGGACCUGGUGGACCCUCAGGGCCAAUGGGUCCUGGCCCCAACAUGGGACCCCCAGGGCCAAUGGGGGGACCCAUGCAUCCCGACAUGCACCCAGACAUGCACCCAGACAUGCACCCUGAUAUGCACCCUGAUAUGCACCCCGACAUGCACCCCGACAUGCACCCUGACAUGCACCCUGACAUGCCAAUGGGUCCUGGCAUGAACCCUGGCCCUCCCAUGGGUCCUAGUGGCCCCCCAAUGAUGCCCUAUGGUCCUGGAGACUCCCCACACUCUGGAAUGAUGCCUCCUAUCCCACCAGCCCAGAACUUCUAUGAGAACUUCUACCCACAGCAAGAGGGCAUGGAAAUGGAGCCGGGUCUUGUUGGAGAUGCAGAGGACUACGGGCACUACGAAGAGCUGCCGGGGCAGCCUGGGGAGCCCCUCUUCCCCGAGCACCCUCUGGAGCCUGACAGCUUCCCCGAGGGAGGGCCCCCAGGCCGGCCGAAGGCGGGCGCCGGUGUACCCGACUUCUUGCCCUCGGCUCAGAGGGCCCUGUACCUGAGGAUCCAGCAGAAGCAGCAGGAGGAGGAGAGAGCGAGGAGGCUGGCUGAGAGCAGCAAGCAGGACCGGGAGAAUGAGGAAGGAGACACUGGGAACUGGUACUCGAGUGAUGAGGAUGAAGGGGGAAGCAGCGUCACAUCCAUCCUCAAGACCCUGAGACAACAGACGUCGAGCCGACCCCAGGCUUCUGUCGGGGAACCGAGCAGCAGCGGCCUGGGGGAUCCCCGCCUCCAGAAGGGACACCCCACAGGAAGCCGGCUGUCUGACCCCCGCCUCAGCAGGGACCCCAGACUCAGCCGCCAUGCAGACACUUCAGGAGGGUCUGGCCCAGGGGACUCGGGGCCCUCUGACCCUCGGUUGGCUCGCACUCUGCCCAGCUCCAAGGCUGAAGGCAGCCUGCAUUCCAGCCCUGCAGGCCCCAGCAGCUCUAAAGGACCGCCGCCUGCUGAGGAGGAGGAGGGCGAGCGGGCCCUGCGGGAGAAGGCGGUGAACAUUCCGCUGGACCCCCUGCCUGGACACCCACUGCGGGACCCUCGCUCUCAGCUGCAGCAGUUCAGCCACAUCAAGAAGGAUGUGACCCUGAGUAAGCCAAGCUUUGCUCGCACAGUGCUCUGGAACCCUGAAGACCUGAUCCCUCUGCCCAUCCCCAAGCAGGACGUGCCCCCAGUGCCUGCUGCCCUGCAGUCCCUACCUGCCCUAGAUCCUCGGCUACACCGGUCCACACCCCCCGGGCCUCCCAACACCCGGCAGCGUCCAGGCUCCGCAGACCCCAGCACCUCUGGCUCUAGCCUCCCUGACUUUGAACUCCUCUCUCGAAUCCUAAAGACCGUCAAUGUCAAUACCCCUGGCCAGAGUGAAAAACCCAGUGAUCCCAGGGUGCGGAAGACCCCAACGGACCCCAGAUUACAGAAGCCAGCAGACCCUGGGGCGGCAGCCCGUGCAGCCAAGCCCUGUCCCACCGAAGCAUCGCCUCCUGCUGCCAGCCCAAGCGGAGACUCGUCCCCACCGGCCACAGCUCCCUAUGACCCCCGAGUGCUGGCAGCUGGUGGCUUGGGCCAGGGCAGUGGCAGUGGGCAGAGCAGUGUGCUGAGUGGCAUCAGCCUGUAUGACCCGAGGACUCCCAAUGCAGGGGGCAAAACUGCAGAGCCAGCUGCCGACACUAGCGCUCAGCCCAAGGGUCCCGAGGGCAACGGCAAGAGCUCAGCCUCCAGGGCAAAAGAGCCCCCGUUUGUCCGCAAGUCUGCCUUGGAGCAGCCAGAGACAGGGAAGGCCGGCACAGACGGCGCCACAGCCACGGACAGAUACAACAGCUACAACCGGCCCCGGCCCAAGGCCGCAGCAGCCCCCACUGCUGCCUCCUCCACCCCACCCCCUGAGGGGGCCACACCCCAGCCUGGGGUACACAACCUGCCAGUGCCCACUCUGUUUGGAACUGUAAAGCCAGCCCCCAAAACAGGCACAGGGAGCCCGUUUGCUGGCAACAGCCCUGCCCGCGAGGGUGAGCAGGAUGCUGGGUCCCUGAAGGACGUUUUUAAAGGCUUUGACCCCACAGCCUCCCCCUUCUGCCAGUAGUGUCAAUGGGGGCCAGUGCUCCCUCCACCCCACCACCCUCCCAGGAUAACAUUAAAGGGCAGCAACCAGAGGUACGGGUGGGAGGUGGGGCAGGCAGGCAGGGUGGGCUUCACAUUUUUCUGCCCCCCCCCCUUUUUUUUCCUUUUUUAAAUAGUACUUUCUUUGAGUCAUACAUUGUAUGGGUUCUGGUCAGUGCUGCAGGCUCCUGAGCUCCCUCUGCCCAGUGAGCAUCUGAGCGCCUGCAUUGGAGAGUGGCAGGGACCCAGCCUGGGACUUCCCUGGAGUGAGGGGAGCACAACUGUCUGGGAGAGCACUGAGGGCCGGCCACUCACCUGUGCCAGAAGGUUGACAGAGCCACAUCGCAUCGUGCGGAAGCUGGUGCGGGAGUUUGUAGAGGACAGGGUCAGCUGUCCUCUCCGUAGCAUGCAGCCUGUGAUAGCUUGCUUCAGGACAAAGCAACAGUGAAGUGAGAAAAAUGUCAACAGGAAAGAAAGGGCCUGCCAACUCCCGGCCUAACCUGCUCAGGCCUGUGCUUCCUCCGUCCUCCGUCCAGGGUUUGUCCUGAAAGUGACACCCUCCAGCUCUGCAGGGGACUCUUGUAAGACAGCCCUGUAGGCAGCAGGCCUGGCAGGAGUGGGGCAGCCCCCAGAAGCAUUCUCCCUCAGUAUUACCUGCCCUCGAGACAGCUCAAGGAUCCGUGGUGUGGCCACCUGCCCGACCCCCAAGGAGAGAGGCCAAAAGUGGCCCUGGCAAAGUGUGUCUGCUAGCUGCUCCAUACCCCUAGCCAUGUUAUCUGUAGAGUACCAGAUAGUGUUUGCUUGUCCUCCGCGCUGACAGCAGCUGGGCACCAGUGAGCUGUUGUGUUGGCUUAAUGGGUCUCAAGGAAAUAGCAGGUGUCCAGCUGAUGCGUUGGGCCUUUUCUAGGAAAGGGGCCAAGCCCCUUCAGGUGGGGAGGCCCGAAGUCAUCCGCCAUAUCCCAGAGUGGAAGCAUCCACAGCCUCCACACUUGCCACCCUAGGGCUGGCCUUGUCCAAACAGUGGGGGUGGGGAGGCAAGGGGCAGACCCCCUGUGACCAUGUCCCUAAGAUUGGAUCAGGGAACUGGGUAAGGCCUGCAGACCUUCCUUUCUCUGCGUUCCUACAAGGCUGCUUUCUUGCAGGCUGCCUCUUGUAUACUGGGUCUCUAGACCCGACUCUCCUUCUUGCUAGUAAGGAGACCUGACACACAGCCAGUGGAUUCCCUCCGCCUCUGGAGGGGACAGACUCCCAUGGCCCAUCCCAUCCCACCCACCAUACCCUCCACACCCCAAAGAGAAACCCUUUCAAAACAGUUUGGGGCCUGUAGCCAGGGCGGGAGGGGCGUGUGCCCCACAGCCCCGCAGCCCUUGGGGUCAGUGCACCAAGAUCAAGUUGGUUUGUUUGUCUUGUGUUUUUUUAAUUUUGUUUUAUUUUCUUAAACAAUCAUCAAUGAGAUUUGUCUGUGGGCCCCAGCCUUGGCCUCAUGGUGUCAGGGCCACGGCUGGGGCCAGGUGAGCAUAGGACGAAGAGCACAGUGUGGCAGUGUUUGCAUCCCUCCACCCCUUUGAAAAGUCCCUUUUUGUAAAAGCCAGGCUUGGCAGUGUGCACCUGUCAUCCCAGCUCUCAGGAGGAUGACAGGUUCAAAGCCAGCCUGGUCUAUAUUAGAAAAAGAAAACUGUCCUUUUGCUAAAGAAAAAGUAAAUGAUUUUUAAGGCUGAAACCUGUGGGUAAGAAGGAGUUUGGAGCCUUCCUCUUGGAACAGUUAGCCGAAGACCCUCAUGGGGCAAGGUCGUCGCUGGAAUCCCCACUCGCCGUCAGGCCACACUUAAAGAAAAAUUGUUCUCUAACCAGGAUUGUAACAAAAGUGUAAAUAGUAUUUCUGAGUUGAAAGUCGAUGGUGCAAAUAUGUAUAUAACGUACUGUAUUUUUACAAUGAUCGUCGCAUGGCUCUCCUCCCCCUUUUGUACUCAGUAUCUGUCUUCCAGAAACCUCACCUGCCUUCUCUCAUGUGGUCUCUUAAUCCAGUAAUUGUAUUACUGCCAUUAAAGGAUGCAGUUAUUUUAAACA